AUGACAACAACUCUACCUCCACCCCAACCACUCGUCUGGUUCCCGUCCCCCAUCGAACUUGAAUCCACCUCGGUCGACAAAUUCCGUCGCUUCGUCAACGCUCGUCACAAUCUCAACCUUACCACCUACAAUGAUCUCCACUCUUUUUCCAUCGAUCGUCUCACCGAUUUCUGGUCUGCUGUAUGGGAUUUUGCUGGAAUUCGCUCAUCUUCUCGUUUCAGCUCUGUUCUUUCCGACCCUGAUGCGCUCCCGGGCGACUUACCAACGUGGUUCCCCGGCGCAACCUUUUCCAUGGCUCAAAACGUUCUUUUCCCUCUCCAUCCGUCCAAUGCUACCGCUUGUAAUCCUCAUGCUCCGUACAGCUGGCCUCAUCCUCAAUCCACCGCUUUGAUCGAAGUUCCCGAGGGGGGAGGAUUGGCCGACUCCGAUGACAGAGCAAAGGCGGUGAAAGUGAGCUGGGGAGAACUUCGAAGAAGGGUAGCGUUGCUCGCAGAGACGUUCAGAAGAGUAGGUGUGAACAAGGGAGAUAGACUGGCACAUGUCAGCGCGAACAGUGUUUCUCCCGUGGUGGCGACGCUGGCGAGUAACAGUGUCGGAGCAAUUUACAGUCUGAUCGCGACCGAUGCUGGACCGCAAGCUAUCUAUGGAAGGUUGGCGCACAUCAGACCGAAGCUCCUGUUUACCGACGAUGCUGUGCUGUAUAAUGGUAAACAGGUUGAUAUUUUGGAUAGGGUUGCCCGUGUGGCGGAAAGGUUGAUGGAGGAUGACAAAAUUGAUACCCCGUUAACGUUUCAGGUUGUUAUCGUGAGGAAUAAAAGGCUGCCUAAUGCUAGUCCCCUUUGGAGAUCGGCCAAAGUCAAGGGCGUGGAGUUUGACUCCUUUGUCACGAGUACGGGCUUGCAAGCGACAGAUAGCCCUCCGCACAGGUUCGAACAACUGGAAGCACAGCACCCGGUACAAAUCUUUUUCAGUUCAGGUACAACAGGCGAACCGAAAUGCAUCAUCCACACUCAGUGUCUUCUGUUAAACAUGAAGAAGGAGGCUUUGUUGAUGAUGGAUCUGAAACCCAACGAUGCCUUUUUGCAGGUCACGAGCUGCGGUUGGAUCAUGUGGGUCUACCACCUCGUUGCUCUUUCAAUGGGUUCUACUGCGGUGCUUUAUGAUGGAUCCCCGAUGUAUCCUAACGCAUUGCACGUCGUUAGGGUAGUAUCGCACUUGAACUGCUCAGGGUACGGUGCAAGCCCUCGCUUCCUCAGCGAAUUGCAGAAAUACUGUAGCGAAAACAACUUGAACAUCCCUAAACAGCUCGGUUUGGAGAAAGGAAAGUUCCGUAUGAUGACGAGCACUGGCUCCCCGCUGUCGCCGAAGAACGUCGAGUUUUUCUAUAAAGCCUUCCCGAAGAGGGCGCACUUGUGCAGUAUUUCGGGUGGUACGGAUAUGGCAGGAGUGUUGGUGGGUCCGAGUAAGAUGUUGCCGCUGUAUGGGAACUUUAUCCAGUGCAAGGCGCUUGGCUUUGAUAUCCAGGUGUGGGAUGCAGAGACGGGAGAGAGGAUUGACGAGACUGGUAAGCCGGGAGAACUUAUUGUGGCGAAGCCGUUCCCAACCCAGCCCUCCGGAUUCUUUGGUCCCCCGGAAGAGAAGGAAGCGCUGUAUGAAAAGUAUAUGGAUUCCUACUAUACUAGAUUCCCAGGCAGAAAGGUUUGGGCGCAAGGUGACUUUAUUUAUCAAGAUCAAGGUACAGGCGGUUUGGAGAUCCUGGGACGAUCUGAUGGAGUUUUGAACCCGAGCGGAGUCCGUUUUGGGAGCGCCGAAAUCUACAGCGUGGUCGAGAAGUUCGAGUUCGUCGGCGACAGCAUCGUUGUAGGUCAACUGAGAAAGGGUAAAGACGAACACGAGCGGGUGCUUCUCUUUAUCAAGAUGCGCGAUCCCUCGGCCACCCUCUCGUCUUCGCAGAUUGGAGAGUUGAACAAAGCGAUCAAGACUGCAUACUCGGCUAGACAUGUACCCGAACAUACGUUCCAGAUUCAAGAUAUUCCAGUAACGCUCAACGGGAAGAAGACCGAGCUGGCCGUCAAGGCGGUCGUCAACGGCAAUCUGGCGUUCAAGCCUUCAAGUGCUACGGCAAAUCCUCAAAGCUUGGAAGAAUAUAAGCAGUAUGCCGAUUUGGAAAGUGUGCUUGCUCGAUCGGCUGGUGGGAGGGCUUCGAAGCUUUGA